UGCCAUUGCCCAGCCCGUAUCGAUACAGCUGCUCCUCGCCGCCGGCAGCACUGUUUUCCCGCUGCGCUGAGGCUCAAGCGGUGAUCGGCCGCCCAGCCUGUCACCAGCGAUUGCUAUGCAAUGAUGAAACCUUCCUGGAACCCACUCUCCGGACUACCCUCACACUACCGUAUACCGCUGCCUGCAUCUGAGACGGACAUACACGACAUUCCUCCGGCCUCCAAUCACCGCGGCUGCUUCGCCUGCUCCUGCUGCUGCUCCUGCUGCUCCUGUUGCGACGUCUCGCGGCCUUCCAUCCCAUCCUAGCACCCGCCUACAAGGGCUCCCGCCAGCCUACUACCACCAUGCGCACGCGUCUUCCACUCUCUGGCCCCUCCAUACCAAUCCAAUCCAUCCUAGCCCUCUGGUGCCACGCUCGCUGACACUUCACUUGCCGACCCAUCCUCACAUGCGUAGACCGAAUUUCCGACUAUAGAAGCCGAUCGACCACCCACAGCUGCAUCUUGCAUUGACUACUACCACUGCUGCUUGCACUGCACACCAUACUGCCUCUCGUUGUCAGCUGAUUCCCUCCAACAUCCACCCUCAUUACUAUUCACCACACCGCCGGCGUAUGCAACUUCCUUCGCUUUGCCCAUAUAUGACAUCAGCAGGUCGCUACUGCAUUGCGAUUCUGCUUGACCUGUGGGUUGCCAGCAAGCUGGGUAAGGCAAUGAGCGUCAUGAUUCAGUCGGUGGUUCGGCUGGUGCAUCCUAAGUCUUCGUAUUCGUCCUCCAAAGGACCACGAGUCACUGGGCACCAUGGAGUGGAGAAGGAGAUUGAAGCGAAGAAGAGCAUGGAUAACUUCCUCGCCGAGGUGCGCACUCUAUUCGAGGCUCCCACACAGACUGAGCGUCUGCUGGAGAUAUCUGCAAAGCUGCAGGCAGAGUGCAGAGAACGCUUGGCAGAAUCGGACAUUUCUAUGCUGCCGUCAUAUCUGCACACACUGCCUACUGGCCAUGAGCAAGGCGACUUCCUUGCGUUGGAUGUAGGAGGCUCAACUUUCCGCAUCGCGCUGAUCAGGCUCACCGGAAAGACAAAGCCUGGCAGUGAUGGUCUUCAGAUCAGGAGAAUACGAAGCUUCACGAUCGAUGAGCAGACCCGUGGCCUUGAAGGACAAGCAUUCUUUGACUGGAUGGCGGACAGGAUAGGCGAUAUGCUUGGGGAGUACAACCACGUCAACGGCACAUCAAACGCCACCUUGCCAAUGGGACUUGCAUGGUCCUUUCCUGUGGAGAUGACCUCUCCAAGGACAGGCAAGCUGCGCCAAAUGGGAAAAGGAUUUCAAGCGACCACGGGCUUGGAGGGCGAAGAUCUGAGCGAAUUGAUCAUGAGGUCGUGCGAACGAAGAGGGCUCAACGUGCAGAUGCGUGCCAUCGUCAAUGACGGUGCUGGCACUCUCAUAUCUCAAGCUUACCGUGACCCGUCAACGCGUCUGUCACUCAUUCUUGGAACUGGAACGAAUGCCGGCGUCUUUCUUCCUACAUCAGCAUUGGCAUCGCACAAAUUUGGCUCGCGACCGGAUGCCUGGUUCCAAGAUGCAAAACACGUCCUCGUGAACACUGAAUUAAGCAUGGUCGGCAAAGAGUCUUUGCCUGUCACGAGGUGGGACAACGAGUUGAACGCGAACCACACACUGCCCGACUUUCAACCUCUCGAAUACCUUAUCACAGGCCGCUACUUGGGCGAGAUCGCGCGCCUGAUCCUUGUUGAGGCCAUCCAAAAGAUCGACCUCUUCGGUGGCCGAGUACCGGAUCGACUGGACGUCCCAUACGCGCUCGAUUCCCGCAUCAUUGCGGCAUUUGAAAGCGACACCACUCCAACCUUGGAGAAGGCGAAGGCAGCAUUUGUCCAAGCACAUCCAUCCGUGACAAAGCCUCGAUUGAGCGAACUCGAAUUCAUUCGACAAGUAGCACGGUUGGUGUCAAGACGCGCCGCUGCUUACCUUGCCACAGCUCUUCACGCACUCUGGGUCGUGAAGACGGAAUCCGAAGGACUUCAACCGGAAGAGGCGGAACAUAUCACCGUCGCCUGCAAUGGCACUAUCGUCGAGAAGUACCCAGGAUAUCGCGAGCUUUGCCAGCUACAUCUUGACGACUUGUGUGAACAAUCUGGUGCUGCUCGUGGUGCUGUCACGUUAAGCAUGGCUCAUGAAAGCUCUAUCUUUGGUGCUGCUGUAGCAGUGGCUUGCAUGGAAGAAGACGCGUAAGCUCGCAGACAGCAAUCUUUACAUGAUGGCCACCUACCACUCUUGGAGGAAAGAGCAUACACGUAUAGUCACCAUAUACCACUACUCAGCAUUAAAUGGAAGCAGCGUUAAGCGACAUGGCGUUUGGCGCAAGGAAGGAUGAUACCCGCUUGGCCACGACCAGCGAAGGAAGGAUAUGACUUGACCGGUUUUGGAAAGGCAUGCAGUUGGCCUCAUCAAACGAGGCUGGGACCAGCGGCUACAGCAUAGAGAUGUGUCUGAAAAAGGGGAGGAGCAUGGAUUGAAUCGAGCGAUGCGAUGUAGCAUCAAUUUCUUCACCACCGUCGAAAAUAUGCAGCUCAUUCAACCACGUUGCCGUUACUCCCGUGGUGGUGCAAGAAACGGAAAUUUGGAAGGGCUUCUUGGAAUCCUACGGUAGCAUCGCGCGCAGCGCAUGUAGUACUGAGCUUCUCUUCUUGGCUUUUAUUUUAGCUUCUUAUGGAAACAAUGGAAUUGUGAUGUGAUCAAGCG